UAAAAAUGGAAAUAUUUGGGGUUUUUAGCAUUAUGGUUAUGGCUUUUUAAUCUUAAGAGUCACUUAACAAUAGUAUUAAUAUUGGUUUCUAUGUGUUCUUGAUGCAAAUGGGAACUAUGAAGCUCUCUGACACCAUGGCGACGCCAAUAGAAGAAAAAAUCGAUCAAAACCUGAAGGUGCGAACUGGCAUGGUCCAUGUGAGCGAUGGCAAGAGCAGACCAGAACCCCUGCGACUAAAUCUUACAAUGGAAUUACUUUCGCUGCAAAAGCUGGAAGUGGUUACCCCCAGUAGUUGUCAUCCCAAUGGACCGCCCAUGGAAUCGAAGGAGCGCAUGGUUCAAAUAACGCGCCAAAAACAAGGCGGCCUAGGACUGAGCAUAAAAGGUGGAGCCGAGCACAAGCUGCCCAUCUUGAUAUCGCGCAUCUAUAAAGAUCAAGCGGCGGACAUUACGGGCCAGCUGUUUGUGGGGGAUGCCAUCAUCAAGGUAAAUGGGGAAUACAUCACGGCAUGUCCCCACGACGAUGCCGUCAAUAUAUUGAGAAACGCUGGCGAUAUAGUAGUGCUCACUGUGAAGCACUAUCGCGCUGCAACGCCAUUCCUUCAAAAGCAAUUAACCAAGGACACGCCCGACUCUGACAACGAUGUCACUUGUGCCGAACUGAAGGCCGACGAGGGCUACAAGUCCUCCGUCAAUAGUGGCACCAUCAGUCGCAGCUGCAGUCGCCCCAUGUCCAUUUGCUCGGAGCCCGAAAAACGAUGGACCGAUGUGGUGGCAGUACCUUUAAUGAUGGCCUAUGUGACGAGAUAUAUUUAUGGCACCGAUAAGCUGCGCCAAAACGCCUUCGAAGUACGUGGCCUGAAUGGAAUUACAACAGGUGUCAUACACUGUGAUGAACUGGCCAUACUUAGUCAAUGGCUAAAAUUGAUUACGGAUAAUGUGGUGGGCCUCACGCAGUUACAGAUGAAGCUAUAUAAUAGAAACUUUGCCGUGGGCGAGCGCAUCGAAUACAUGGGUUGGGUGAAUGAGGGUGUCAUAAACAACAAUAUAUCGUGGCAGAGUUAUAAGCCCAGAUUUCUACUGCUCAAAGGCACUGAAGUGAUGCUUUUCGAAACGCCACCAUUGAAUGUGACUGGCAUCAGUAAGGCUUUGGUGGUCUACAAGGUCUACCAGACCAUGUUCCGAAUUGUCAAGGAGUCGGAGACUGUGGACAGUCGCCAGCAUUGUUUCCUGCUGCAAAGUUCGGGUCACGAACCCCGCUAUUUGAGCGUGGAAACGCGACAGGAGCUUUUGAGGAUCGAGAACAGCUGGAAUGCUGCCAUUGUAACCAGUGUGAUUAAGUUGGGGCGUAAAACCUUUGCCGUUUCGCAUCACGGAAAAAGUGGUGGACUCACCUUGGAUUGGCAAGCUGGUUUUUCACUAACCGAAGGCGCCGAUUCCGCCACAGUCUGGCAGUAUAAAUUCUCCCAGUUGAGAGGCUCCAGUGAUGAUGGCAAAUCCAAGCUAAAAUUGCAUUUUCAGGAUCACGAUAGCCGAGCAAUCGAAACAAAGGAACUAGAAUGCCAAGUACUGCAAAGUUUGCUUUUCUGCAUGCAUGCGUUUCUCACGGCAAAAGUGGCCUCAGUGGAUCCAGCAUUUUUGAGCUCAAUCCAACAGACCUAAGUAAAUCAAAAUAUGGACAAGGAUUUCCGGACUCACUCUGAAAUGAUAUAUAUAUGAUAUUCGUAAAGUGCAUAGCAAAUAAUUCGAAUAUGAAUGUUGGACUAGGUAUCUCAAACAUGAAAUCUGCUAGUACUUAUUAUAAACAAGUACGCGUAUAUAUGUAUGUUGAUCUGAAUGAUUGUAAUUGGAUACUGAUAACUGAUAUGGAUAUAUUUAUAGCGCUGACAAAACUGAAAGUGAAAUCUCUUGGUGCAUUACAGUAAAUUUUAAGCAUACAUAAGGCAAUUACUUUAGGCAUUUUUCCUAUUACGUAGUCUUGGUACUUAUAAUAAUUGACAACAAAUUCGCAUUGUUUAUAAUCGAUUGUUUCCCAAUGUAGCCUUUAUAGUUGAAUUACUUACACUUACCUUACUUACGGAACGAUAAAACUUGUCGCUUUUGCAAUGAACCGAAAGGGUUCUAAUGGUGGGCCUCAAAGGCUUUAUUCCGUGCUGUAUCCUCUAGAAAUAUUUCUCCGAAAGUUUAACGAAAAUUGAAUCUAAAUAUAAAACAUGUUUUGUGUGCGCUCGAAUGAAAAUUUAAUUUUCGAACAAAAACGAAUGCUUUAAGGUCGGAUUAACUGUUAUUUUCUACUGAAGUAAUAGCUGAUGUCAUAACAAUAGAUAUAUACCUUAUAAAAAUAUAUAUUAUAUAUAACAUCCACCGAAAAAAUCUCAAUGCACAGACGUAAUAUGAACUAGAUUUUAUAACUGUUAUACAUCUAAUCAGAGCAAGUUAAGUGAUUCCAUCAGACACUCACUUAGGUCAUUUGUCAAUUCAGAAAGUGUCUUUCAGUGGAGAGAUUGUAUUUGUUGCUUAUGCAUAUUGCAUUGUAUGUAUUGAUUUUAGGCGUUUUUGCACAACAUACAUCUACAUAUUAACGACUUAGUUAGCGAAUCAUCGACGAGCACAAAAAACCACAUAUGUAAACACACAAAUAUCAAGUUGGCGCAUUCGCAAAACUUCCCCUACCCGCAAAAAGUUGUAACCGCAUCAACAGAAUAUCUCUAAAACUAUGAGCAAAUAUAUAUACAAUACAUAGCCCGUAUACCAUAGCAAAAAGAUCAGAAUCAAAAGUGUUUACUGUACAUAUGCUUAGCUCUAUUGGGUUAGAAACCGCUCUAUAGCCAUACCAUAACCGAACUAAUAAUAUUUGCAUAAAGCUCACAAAACAAACCCAACUAGACGCACCCUAGCCCAAACCCGACCAACAUACGUAAUCUGCAUACACCGCAACAUGUUAUACGAGUAUCAAUUACCAGGGAGUUAGACAUCCCCCAUCCGAACUAAUCACACAUAACAUAUAUAUUUUUAAUGCAAAGCUUACAUAGUGCUGUAUGAAGUACACGACAUACAAAUAUAUCGUAUAUGCCAUAUGUACCCCGAACUAAGAAUACUACUCAAAAGCUGCGAUUCUGUGAGAGAGUUCAAUAUUUAUGUAGAACUGCGCUACUUGAUACAAGUCAUCGAUUUGGAAACCAUUUGAGUUGGUUUCGUUACGGUUCCCUCUUUACUUUUAUACGUUACUAAUUGAAAUUAUUGUACAAGAAAACAAAAGCGAACAAAUUGGAAUAAAAACCCCGAAUAUCUAA